AUGGAUUUUUCAGUAGUGGGUUCACUCACUAAGUUUUCAGGCCGUUAUGAUGAAAACGUUCGCACUUUCACACAAAUGAUAGAAUGUGGAGUAUUAGCGUUAGGCCUAGAUACAGAUAAGAAACAAUUGGCUUUCCUACGACUAAAUCUGUUAGAUGAGGACAUAUACCAGAAAGCAUACCCAGAAGACAAGUUAACCAAUUCUCAAAAGUUAGAUUAUUUACUUCAAGGUCUGGAGACGGAUACUGCCCGCAUGGUCAGAAUCCAGAACCCAACCAACUAUCGAGAAGCGGUAUCAUUAAUUUCCAGGGCUGAUGACGCAAGCUCUAGAAUAGCAGGGGUAAAAUUAUGA